CGGCUGCCCAAGUCGCAGCCGAAAUGAUAGCUAAAAUUGAGGAAACCGACACUGAUGCUGUAAAAAGAGGUUGUGUGCUAGCGCUCGUCGGAUUAUCUGGAACGGGAAAGGGUACGACCGUCGAAAAAUUGAAAGAGCAUGUGCAAAAUAAGGCAGGAAAGGCAGUUACCUGGAGUAAUGGAAACGUUUUUCGCUGUCUUACCAUGCACUUCUGCGACCAUUGCGAAAGGGUCUUGGGAGGAAGUGGUAUCAUGAUCUAUCGUUCUCUUAAAAAUACUGAAAUGUAGGAUGAUUCUCUCGACUUUCCCGUGGUUAAUAUGUCUGGCUCCAAUGAACUACUUACAUGUUGAUGAACUUCGAGAAAACCUCUCAAAAUCCACUGUCAGGAAAGAAUUUUUUCGUCGGUUCAUUCUUCGCCAAUCACAUUCACAAUUUAUUCUUUUUUCCUUAUGUAUUCUCCUUUUCCUAUAGUAUCUAUGAUAACGAAAACGAUAACCACAACUUUUUAUCUUCCUUCGACGUUCAGCGUGUCUGGAGAGUCUGAGUACGAUGGAGGAGGAAAAGCUUGGAGAAUUGACCGCUGAGAAUAUCGCGUCUUGGAUGCAGAAGAUCACUUUCGGUGAGUUUGAGCCGUCGUCUGCCUCGCCUCCGCACUGGGAUAUUCGUGUGGACCGUGGUGGUGAGCAGCUCUAUGUUUACGGCUCAAUAUUAUCAUUUCAUUUCUUCUUCUACAGGUCCUGUUUGUUCGUUUCUACGUACAGGUCCUCUUUCAGCGUGGUUUUCUAUUUGGAACAUUGAGAAAAUGAAGCUAGAAAAUUGAUCGUUCUGAGCUCCUCUAAUAUGUGUCGGAGAUUUGCAAUACGCUGCUGAAGGAGCCGCGAAUCAGCAAGCACAUUCCUAGUGUGGCGGGUAAGACACAAGGAGAGGUUGUGCUUUUUGCAGCAAACGCAUGCAAGAAAAUGGGCGAAGGCGGGAGCGUCGUCGUAGUGGAAGGCAGAGAGGACACAGUGAAUUUCAUACCAAUUAAGGCUCUUGGUGUUGAAGAUAUUAACUUCUCUUUUUCAGACAGAUGAUCAUGAUCAUCACCUUUUUAUUUUUAGCUUUAAUUAUAAAUAUUUCUUUGUACUAGGAAUAAUCAAUGAUAAUGUGAAAGUGAACGAGAGACGAUCCAAGUUUGUUAGAAGAUGAAUACAAUUAUCGGGUUCGGGAGUUCUAAGCCAACGCCGCACAGGUUUUGUCUCACGAUGUCGGACACGAGUGUGAUAGGCCAGAGGCGCGCAGCGCAACGGGUUGUGGCGGAGGCCCUGCGCCUUGAAGGCCACGCGGAACCGACAGAAGGACUCCGGAAGGCAGUAGAAGCGAUGACAAACAAAUAAUGACGUGGUGUCAUACAUUUCAAUUCCGUUGUGGUCAUAAUGAAAUUCCUCGCAGAGUGAUUCCACUCUGAGUGAAUGUAUCCAUUUAUAAGGAGUUGUAGUACUUAAUACUGAGAAGAAAACGCCCGUGUUUGAGAAGUUUUUUGUUGUACCGAUACAACCGAUAACAAACUUGAUGAAGGUAGAACACUAGUUACUUCCAGGCGGGGCGUGCUUCAAGGUCCAGAAUGUAGUUUCAACGUGCGAAAAGA